AUGGCUCCGUCACGCCGGUUGCACACUCUGAUCCGCCGCGCACUCAAUCACAACUUCCAUAGCCAUAGCCACAACCUUAUCUCUCGUCACGUUCCCGCGCUGGCAAUUUCUUCCGCUGCGCUUGCUCCGCUGCCGGCCGCCGCCAGCGGUGCGCUUCCGCCGUUGUGCCGCGGAUUCGCGUCCGCCUCCGCCGCGGGUGGCGGAAGCGGAGCCCCGCGCGCGCCGGCGACGGAGAGCGAGGAGCUGGGCGCGAGCCGCGUGGUGGAAGCGUCGUUGACGCUGGUGCGCGAGCGAGCGCGACUCAAGGCGGAGAAGGUGCGAGCAGCAGGGGGAGCAGAGGCGACAGCGUGUCUGCUGGGGGUGCCGCUGGGUCACAACUCCAGCUUCCUGCAGGGCCCUGCCUUCGCCCCUCUUAUCCCUCUGCCAUACUCUCCCUUGUCCACCUCCCGUGCCCCUGUUGUGGCGGAAAAGGUGCGAGGAGCAGGGGGCGCAGAGGCGACAGCGUGUCUUCUCGGGGUGCCUCUGGGGCACAACUCCAGCUUCCUGCAGGGCCCUGCCUUCGCCCCGCCCCGCAUUCGAGAGGCCAUUUGGUGUGGCUCCACCAACUCGGCUACAGAGGAAGGCAAGGAUCUGAACGACAUUCGAGUGCUCACAGACGUGGGGGACGUGCCCGUGCAGGUGAGGAGGGUUACUGGUGCAGGUGGUAUUCGGUGCAGACGUCGCCUACGACUUCGGUUCUACGCCAGCUCAGCCGCAUCCGCACGACCUGGGGACCUGCUUUACCUGAAAGCCUCUGGAAGUACUUCUUUGACGAACCUCACGGUGGUUGGCGCCCAGCAGCCUUCUACGUUCUACCUAAGCUCCAUAAGAAAACCCUCGAAGGGACGUGGUGGUGGACGUGGUGGUGGACGUGGUGGUGGUGGUGGUGGUCGUGGUGGUGGUGGUCGUGGUGGUGGUGGUGGUCGUCGUCGUGGUGGUGGUGGUGGUGGUGGUCGUGGUGGUGGUGGUGGUGGUGGUGGUGGUGGUGGUGGUGGUGGUGGUGGUGGUGGUGGUGGUGGUGGUGGUGGUGGUGGUGGUGGUGGUGGUGGUGGUGGUGGUGGUGGUGGUGGUGGUGGUGGUGGUGGUGGUGGUGGUGGUGGUGGUGGUGGUGGUGGUGGUGGUGGUGGUGGUGGUGGUGGUGGUGGUGGUGGUGGUGGUGGUCGUGGUGGUGGUGGUUGUCCCACUCUAUCCGGAAAAAAGUUGCACAAGGAGAUGCGGGACUGUGGGUUGGACGACAGUCGCCUCAUGCGCACCGUGUCAGACUCCGUGCGCCUCGUGCUGGCAGAGGUAGCCCCGCUCGUGCUAGGGGUAGAUCACUCCAUCUCCUUCCCGGUGGUGCGGGCGUCUCCUCUUGCUCCGCUCGUGCUAGGGGGGGAUCACUCCAUUUCCUUCCCGGUGGUGCGGGCGGUAUCAGAGCAUCUGGGCGGCCCGGUCGACAUUCUCCACUUCGAUGCGCACCCAGACAUCUACCACGCCUUUGAGGGCAACCACUAUUCCCACGCCUCGCCCUUUGCUCGCAUCAUGGAGUCUGGAGCGUGCCGGCGGCUUUUGCAGGUGGGCAUCCGGUCGAUCAACGAGCAGGGGCGGGAGAAGGGCAGGCGGGUGGGCAUCCGGUCGAUCAACGAGGAGGGGCGGGCGCAGGGCAGGCGGUUUGGCGUGGAGCAGUACGAGAUGAGGCACUUCCACCGCAACAGAGAGAUGCUGGAGAACCUGGUGGGUGGGGAGCGGUGUGGGUUUCCACAGAAUCCACUUCCGCUAGUGAUCGUUCUCCCCACUCCCUGCUCCUCCUGCUCAUUUCCUUCUUCUUUCCCUCCCAUCUUCCCUCCCAUCUCCCCUCCCAUCUCCCCUCCCAUCUCCCCUCCCAUCUCCCCUCCCAUCUCUCCUCCCAUCUCCCCUCCCAUCUCCCCUCCCAUCUCCCCUCCCAUCUCCCCUCCCAUCUCUCCUCCCAUCUUCCCUCCCAUCUCCCCUCCCAUCUCUCCUCCCAUCUCCCCUCCCAUCUCUCCUCCCAUCUCCCCUCCCAUCUCUCCUCCCAUCUCCCCUCUCAUCUCCCUUGCCUCUUUUCUUCAUCCUCGGAAAUUGGGCCAGGGGGUGAAGGGGGUGUACCAUGAGCUGGGCCAGGGAGUGAAGGGGGUGUACGUAUCGAUUGACAUAGACUGCCUUGACCCCGCAUUUGCGCCGGGCGUCUCCCACAUUGAACCAGGCGGCCUCUCCUUCCGCGACGUCAUGAACAUUCUGCAGAACCUCAAAGGCAAUGUGGUGGGGGAGAACGUGGUGGGGCUGAACCCGCAGUGCAUGUUUCCCCAUCUCCAACCCCCCAUCCCCUUGCUACCCACGCUCCCCCUCUGCUCCCACUGGCCUGCAGGCAAUGUGGUGGAGGGGGACGUGGUGGGGCUGAAACCGCACUGUAUGUGCCACCCACACCCCCUCCUCCUCCCCCUCCCCCUCCCCCUUCCCCUCCCCCCCCCUCCCCCUCCCCCUCCCCCUCCCCCUCCCCCUCCCCCUCCCCCUCCCCCUCCCCCUCCCCCUCCCCCUCCCCUGCCUCCCUUCCUUCCCGCACCAUCCCCCUCCCUGCGCUCCCCACCAGGCAAUGCGGUGGCAGGCAAUGUGGUGGCGGGGGACGUGGUGGAGUUGAACCCACAGCGCGACACAGUGGAUGGAAUGACAGCCAUGGUUGCUGCCAAGUUUGUUCGUGAGCUCGCAGCUCGCAUCUCCAAGUAG